AUGUUUUCUCAAAACCUUGUGUGCGACAGGUGUUGGAGUACCUUCUUCAACACCGAGGCCUUUGAGAAAGUUUGCACACUCGAUCGCUCCCAAGGAGACUAUGGAUACCCAAAUGUUGAGGCUGUGGCCACGGUUCUCGAGAUUCGGGAGGCAGUAUGCAACUGGUGUGCCUAUAUGAGAGAAUUCGUUAAUGACUCAUGGGUGACCGAGGACCAAGUCACCAUGUCGAUCUCACCAACGUUCAUUGCCUCCUUCGUACCUGCAGGGAAAAACUUAUUCUACCUCAGCAUUGACUGCAAAUCCCCACAUGGCAAAUGGAAGGGCGGCUAUAGCCUUUUUAUUUAUGCUUGCACUCCAGCUGAAGAUCCCGGCUCGGCCUAUGUUACCGCAAGACCAUUGAGGACGGAUGUUGAUAGUGAGAUGGCAAGGACGCAAAUGCAAUUGUGGUUGGAGGAAUGCAAAAAGCACAAGAUUUGCAGCAUCCCACGAGAGAAGACUUUUCUUCCCUCAAGGCUUAUUGAAGUAAGCCCGCAAGGACAGCAGCAACCGCGAAUUGUUGAGUGUACUACUGACAUGUACGGUGUUUAUGCUACACUGUCUUAUUGUUCGGGUAAAAAGGCCUUUACAACCUUGAGCAAGUCCAACUAUGCUCAGUUCGCUCUGGCUUUGGAAGUGGAGACUCUGCCGCCCACCUUUCGAGAUGCUAUAGAAAUUACUCGCACUUUGUCUAUUCCGUACUUGUGGAUUGACGCCCUCUGCAUCUUUCAAGAUGACGAAGAAGAGAAAGUCCGGCACACUGGGAAGAUGAAAGAGCUUCUUUCCUCCUCCGCAUUGACUAUAAUUGCUGCUUCUUCUGAAGAUGUCUAUCAAGGAUUUAUUCAUCCUCGUGCGCACCAGGAGAUCCUUCACACCAUUCCCUUCCGGAUGGGACCUGACAACUUCGGUUCCAUGUCUAUCAACGAGUUGAACGCCGCGUGUUCUGAAGAGUGGAAUGAACCAAUUGCUAAAAGGGCGUGGCCUUUGCAAGAGCAGAUCUUGAGCAACCGCACUCUAGUCUUUACUACAAAAACUAUGACGUGGAAAUGCCACGAUGGGGCGCAAAACUUCGGAAACUCCUUGUACUUUCCACAUUAUCUUGGCAAUGGAUUCAACGACAACGAUGAAAAGGAAAGCCUCAACCUGCACUCACUUCUUCUAAAUGAGCAUGAAGCUGGCAAUAGCCAAGACAAAGCAUUGAGUUGCUGGCUUCGUAUCGUAACGGAAUACUCACUGCGAGCGACAAGCCUUGAGCGGGAUAGAUUGAAUGCACUGGCCGGUGUCGCCUCUCAUCUAUCAUUCUUUGCAGCACUUGGGCCAGGAUACUUCGCCGGGCUCUGGCAGCAUGAACUUGCGAGGCAACUUACAUGGUACACCUCGGAUUGGCACAAGUCACUUGGUGAAGACGAAAGUCUUAACAUCCGGCGGCCCAUCAAAUACCGUGCACCGUCUUGGUCCUGGGCAAGUCUUGAUGGUGGGGUGGUUCAUUUCGACUGUUAUUACGAUGAUGAAGAUGAGGAAUCUCCCGAUGUUAUCUGUGAAAUCAUGGAUUGUUCAACAAAAGCGACCUUUCCUAAACUGAACCCGCUCGGAGAGAUACUUUCGGCCGAGCUUACACUAAAAGGCCCUAUUAGAAGAGCCUGGUUCAACCCGGCCACAUCCAAUAUCUUUAUCCUUCCUGGGCCUAUCACUUCAAUGGCCGCAGCACUGACCGUGGAUGAUUGUCCGAUCACUUUUGAGGAAGCCUCGCAAAAACACGCAAAAGAUUUUGGAGAUGCAGGUAUCGAUCCGGAGAUUGUUGCAGAAGACCCAGAGGCUACCUACUUGCAUGGUACAUACUUUCGUAACAUGCUUGGUAGAUCUGACGAGACAGUACUCUGCGAGCCCUGUUUAGUGUUAUGCUUGGGCAUUACUAUGAAGGGAGACUCCGAUGAUGGAGUGACAGGGCUGAUUCUUGUGAAUUCCGAGGAUAGCAGUGAUAAUGAUCAACUGAAGAGGAUUGGCAGUUUCGAGAGAGGAAGAAAUCAUGACUUUGAGAAUGAGGCGAAAAGCCAAGUUGUUAUCGUGUAA